AUGGAUAGACUGCCAAAGUCGAAGUUAUUGCGACCGGAGCUUGGACCACAAAACAUUAGCGUUACGCUCCAGUGCCUUAGUCAGCCUCGUCUCCCUGCACGACUGAUACAAACAUCUGCACAUAGACAUUGUCCGCAAAUUUAUUCAAUGAAUAUCUCGGGGACUUUGAAUGCCUUUCGGCUGAUAAGAGAGCCGACUCUGUGUCUUCCACAGCACACAGUGUCUACUUUCAACCAAUUGCCUAUUCCCCUAUCGAACGCCUUUGCCAGGAGAGAUGGCGAAAGUGGAUCCAAGAAAGUGGACAUCCAGGCGGUAGUCCUGGACAAGGACAAUUGCUUUGCCGUUCCACAUAGCAAUGAGAUUCACAAGCCAUUGCAAGACCAUUUCCAGCGACUACGUACUGCAUAUCCUGGAUCGAAACUUUUGAUCGUAUCCAACACAGCAGGAACGGACUCGGACAAGAACCAAAAAGAGGCUGCAUUACUAGAAGCUAACACGGGUGUCAAAGUGCUGCGACAUUCGACGAAGAAACCAGGAUGUAAAGAAGAAGUCAUGGCGUAUUUCAAGGCGCACCCAGACUCUGGGGUGACUAGUGCAAAUCAGAUUGCGAUUGUUGGCGACCGCUUGUCCACGGAUAUCAUGAUGGCCAACAUGAUGGGGAGCUAUGGCGUUUGGGUGAGAGACGGGGUUACGGGACGUGGCUUUCUUGCGAGGAUGGAAGAUCGGUUACAGAGUUUUCUUUUCAGGAGAGGUUACAAGGCGCCUGAUCCUGCGACCCAUAAUCAGUUUGAGUAG